GGCGUCUCUGAGAAAGAAGAAUUCCACCGCCAAUUGCUCCUUACACCUCCUCCGCCUCUCUCUCUCUUUCUCUGCUUAAAUCCGCGACACCUUGUGGAUCUUGAGUUCCCGUUCAAUCGAUUGCCUGGUGGCCCUCGGAGUUGAUUGAGUUAUCCGAUCGUUUUCCCUUUUCCCUUGCCUGUUGUGGCGCUAAUGAUCCAGAAAACCCUAGAAUUCUUAGCCGCCGAAAUGAGGAAAGUAGGGUUUCAUUAGUUCUUCCAAUCAGCCUUUUUGGGCACCUCAACCUGUGGAAAAUUUCAGUGGUCUGGCCCUGGUUAACUGGGUCUCCGAUCUACUGGUCGAGUUUUUUCUUCCUCCAGUUUUGAGGGAGUUUGCCAGGUUUUCAACGGUCUCCGUGAUCAUGAAGGUUCCUCCUCCUCCUAAGAAACGGAAUAUCACUUUCCGUUACGAUAUAAACACGACUCUCUCUGAAGCUGGGCUGCCUUCUUUCUCAAUUGUGGGGAGGCAGAAGAAGCUCCGGAGGCUUCCCCAUAUUUUUAAUAGGGUUCUGGAGCUGCCGUUCAAUUCGGAGGCCAAUGUUUCUGUGCAAGAAAAUCAAGAUUGCUUUAGGUUUGUGCUGAUCACCGACCAAAUUACAGAGGACGUGGAAGCCCAGUUAGUUGAAAUUGUUCCUGGGGUUUCGAAAAUUGUAGUCCGUGGCAGGAACUUACUUGAAUUGUCACUGGAUGAGCUAGAGCUGGACCGUUGGAGGUUCAGGCUGCCGCCUUCGACAAGGCCGGAGCUUGCAACCGCUGCUUAUAUAGCAGGAGAGUUAAUUGUCACGGUCCCCAAAAGUGUCGAGUUGGAGGAUGAUGAUGGUGUUUCUGAAGGUGAGGAAGAAAUUGAUCAGAACGGAAAUGAUGGUGGUUCACUGCCGGAUGCAGGGAGGCAAGCCGGUUCCGGAGGUGAAGAUCGAGGGGCAUCGGCUGGUGCAUCGACGAAUUUCCAGGAACUUGAUUGCAAAACUAACGCCACAAACUCACAGGGGUCCUCGGUUCAGCACCUUGUUCUUGUACAGUAACAUCUAAUAGCAGUAACGUCUCUUCCUCUUUGAGACUCGACAUUGUGCUCAUUUUAGGUUUGGAAACAUCGCAUCCAUGUACAAGCACGUUUUUGAUCUACAAAUGGUGAUUUUCCUGACUUCUUUCA